CACGGGGUCACAAAAGCCAACUAGUCAAAAAGUCAAAACGGUACACGCACAAAUAACUAUAAGAAAAGACGCGCACGACCCACGCACGCUCGCUGCCAAAAUCCGAAUGAGAUGGUUCCUUUAAGACACAAAUGAAUAUUGGGGGCAAUAUAUUUAUGGAAGCUAAAGUAAAUAACCCAGAUGACUUAGUAUUGGUCGAUAUGGGUAAAGGUUAUUUUGUCCAAUUCACGCUCGCGGAGGCAUUAAAAUUUUCUAAUUUCAAGGUGAAAAUUCUAACUAAAGAAUGUGAUGUACUACGCGAAGAGAGCGUAAAAAAACGGUCCGAUAUCAAAUUGGCGCUUAUGUGUAUAGCUGACCAAGAAAAUUUGUACGCAGAACAAAAAUGAUCAAUUCAGAUGCAUAUAUAUAUACGUAUGGAAAUGAAAGCUAUCUUAUAUAUAAUGGAAUAUUUAUAUGUAACUAUAUGUAAAUAUGUAUAAUGUUAAAAUACAAGAGCAUCAGUCUCUUAUUCCUAAAAAAUAACA